AUGUCCAUGAUGGCACUAACCUACGAGCGGCACGCUGUGGUACGCUUUGGUCCAUGCAUUGACACCAUCGACUUCAGCAUGCUUUCAAGUUCGUCUCCAGGUCGAUUUGAUGCUUUCGGCUAUAUCCGCGCUUUCGAUGUUGAGGUGUGGAUCGCCGUUUUCGUGUGCCUCACCUGUCUUUCCUGCCUGGUAGCCCUAGGCGGUUGGAAAACAAUGUCGACUCAGCGUGAAAAGUACGUUACCUUUCUGCGCUGGGCGUACGUCUACGGCUGGGAACUGUUUGGCCUACUCUUUGCUGAAAGUUCGCCGAGACACUAUGUGCACGCAACACAGAAGCUACUGAUUGCUGCAUGGCUAGUGACUGUAGUCGUGCUGGCGAACUCGUUCGGAAGUCUCCUUAAGUCCAAACAAGCCGUGUUCAACUUCAAACCAGAAGUCGACAGUAUCGAUGACCUUGCAGCAAGACCAUAUCUUACGCCUAUCAUACCAAAAGGAAGUUACUACGAGGCAUUUUCAGAGCACAGCCGUUCGCAGGCUGUCAAGCAGGUGUGGGAGCGGUCACGAAGCCGACGAGCCAUGUACCCAGUUGCGGAGAUGUUCUCAGACGCAGCCUUGGCACAGGUGGCCGCGCGCCGCGCUGUGAUUCUCUGCGACCACGGCUCGAUACUGCUUCAGAUGACCGGCUUCUGUGAACGCCAGAACGUGCGCACCUUCGUCGUGGCCAGCCAGCCGAUCGAGCAGUCGCCGUUCGGCAAUCUCUUCUCUCGGAGCCUCGAUGAGCGCUUCUUCCGGAAACUCUUUGACAAGUUCCGUCGAAUCCAGGAGACGGGUCUAAUGGCCAAAUGGCUGGCCGAUGCCAAAGGAAACUGGCAGCGCUGCAUCCAGUCGGGGGAUAUUACUGUGGACAGCAUUAGCGUGGAGGACACCGUGCCAUUUUUCCUCCUUUGGGGCAUCAUGUGCGCCAUGGCCUUCUGCGCUUUGCUCUGCGAGCUGAUAUGCUACAGGUUGCUGCGGAGCCGCCCUGCCAACAGACGCUGAUAUAGCCUAAGACGCUUUA